AUGGAUCUGCCAAUAGUCAAUUAUUUAAAAGAAGAAUAUGUAGAAACAAAUUCUGGCAAUAAAAUAUGUAAAGACAGUACUAUCUGUGGCACACAAAACAUAGUCCUGAACGGCAAGAAUAUUGUCCAGAGAGACGUCAUAAUUCGAGGUGAUCUGGCCGCCAUACGAAGUGGUCGUUUUUGUAUCAUACGAAAGGGAACACUGAUACGGCCAAGUUCGAAGAAAUUUAGUAAAGGAGUCACGUUGUUUCCAGUUCACAUUGGAGAUCACGUUAUGAUUGAAGAGGACUGCGUGAUUAGUGCAGCACAGAUAUGCUCAUUUGUGCAUAUCGGUGCUGGAUCGGUGAUUGGAGGCAGUGCUGUGUUGAAAGAGUGCUGUCGAGUUCUGCCAGGGAGUGUGGUUGCAGCUGAUUCUGUUUUCCCACCAUACAGCACCAUAGCUGGUAAUCCAGCUCGUGUCAUCGGUCAAGAACCAGAGUGUACAGAAGAUUUGAUGACCGAGGCUACAAAGCAGUAUUACGACAACUUCCAGCCAUCAAACAUGCCGAAAGCUUCUUUUGCUUGA